AUCUUGGCACGAGUUUAUCCUCAGACUUCUGGUUCGAUCUCCACCUGCUUUGUCCCGCUUCUGUUUACAGCUCCACCCUUCUCAAGACAAGUUCUGGCUCGAAGCUGCAUACUGAACUGCUGUUUAGCUCCUCCAAUCUCUCAUUCUUCGAUACGACCGUCGUCACGACGAACACUAACGCGGCUGUACCAUGGCCACCGUAGGAAGCCAGAAAGUAGAACUCCCUUCCGACGCAAUAAAAGAUAAUCCCCCAGACGCCAGUCGCACUCAGUGCGAUGCUUCUCACAGAGGUUCUUUUCUGGCGAUUCCGCGCUCGCGCAGUCGCGUGGAGGACGUGGAGGUGCACGCGCUCGAGUGUCGCUUGGAGCUGCUUAACGCGCAGCGCGCGCUCAGCGCCGUGCGAUGCCAACAGUUCAUCCAAACCCUGCGCCAAUCGUGCGAGCACGCUACCAACUCGCCACCACCAUCGACCGAUAUUUCCGCUUUCAGGUUGAACGCAGCAACCGCGGAGAAGCGAUGCAGCGUCGAGCGCCCCGUCCCGCGCGCCAAUCCGUUCAACGCGUCGAGCGGCGCCCCCGCGCGCUUGGCGACGGAGAGCAACUCGGAGAGCACGAGCUUGUCGUCAGACGAGAGCGACUUCGACGACGAGUUCGAGCACGCCAACAGACGCGCCCUGGCGUCGCUAUCGUCGUCGCGAAGCCCACACUCGGGCGCCACGUCCUCUUCCUCCGUCGCCACCCCCGGUAGACACCAUAGUAGCGUGCGAUUCGCGCUCACUAAGCCGCUGUGCGAAUCUUUAGAUUAUCGCCGUGGCGACAGCGGGCAUCGCAUGGCAACCCCGUCUGCGCGAAGCCGGUCAGCUCGAUGGAUGGAAAGCUCAGCGACGUUAUCGGAGAAUCGUCCCAAUGGUGAUUUCGGGUUUGAAGCUGCCUCACCCAGUGCUGCUGUUGGGCGCUGCCAAUCCGCGCGAUGGGCAGAAGACCUUCGAUUCUACGACGACCCCGUGCCUCGUCGCCGCUGGACUUCACCAGCAGCUUCCCCGUGUGAUUCAUUUCGCACACAUCGUGCGCUUCGCCCAUGUAACACGUCGCCAAGCCCGCAACUGGAGAAAUUCAAUGCACCUCGACCUCGCAACACAAGCAAAAGGCGUACAAGCCUAGAUUACCCCCAUGAAAGCACCAACAUUUUCUCUUAAUUUUUGCUUUUUGUAGCGUGCGUUGGUCUAUUACUAUUCUUUGUAUUACA